AGAUUUCUUUCGCUUUCGUUUCGUGUCUCCAGAUCCACACAGAACAGAAAGUGAACCGAUCCGAGCAGAAGAGUAAAGCACAGAUCUUUAAGACUUGGUGUCUCAGAAAGUGGUGUGCAGACUCUUGAUAACCAUGGCAACUUCCAGCAACGAUGAUCAGACAGAAGAUAUGGAGGUUGAUGACGCCAGUGCUGAUACUGGCAAAGCUCAAAUUCAUAUCAAAGUGGAGAGUACCAACUGGAAUUUAAAGGACAAAAGGACAUGGACAGCUUUAGAAAAAAAGCUCCAGUCAUUCUGUAACAAGACAGGCAAGGGAGACAUAUCAAUUUCAAAAAUACACCCUGACGAAAAGGAUCCUCGCUAUGCCACUGCAGAAGUAACGCCUUCCUCAGCUGUGGAGAUGCUACUGGAAGAGAAAACUUGCAAGGUCCUCGAUUCGUCUUGUAAAGCCACUGUGCACUUUUUAGACAAAAGCCUGGUGCCUGCAGACCACUCAGACCCUCCAGCAGGCAAAAAGAAAGUUCAGAUUCCAGUUGAAGAACAGGUGGAUCUCAACACAGUGAACCCAGAAGCUGCUGAAGAGAAAAAUGCCAAUUCUAAGCAGUUCAGCUCAAGAGAUGGAAAGGUCACAGUUCAGGGCUCAUUCGAAGAAGGGCAUCCGUUCCACAAAGAUGUCUUGAUGUUUAACCAUGAUUCCAAGAAGCUUCAUCAACAGCAACAGCAGGAGGUGGAGAAUGGAGCCAGAACAAAUCUGGAUACAGGGGCAGAGAGAAUUGACAGGACGAUCAGGGCAAGUCCUAAGAGGGAUAUGAGCGAGAAUGGAGAAGACCAAGUGCCUGCUGGACAGACUAUCCCAGUGUCACAAUUUCACUAUGAUUACUUAACCAAAGCCUACCGAAGGGAGAUUGAAGACAUCAAACAGAGCUCUGGUGUUGAGAUGAACUCUGAGGUCCUUGUGUCCUUCAGUCCAGCUCAGGGACAGGAAGGAGCCAGAGUGCAAAAAGCUGAGGUGGACUUCAUAAGCCUCUAUCAGAACAUUGCCACCAACCUGAGCUCUGUGAAAGCCCCGCUGUCGAGUGAGGAGUAUGGACGACUGGAGGAGAAUUUUAAAGAAAUGCAGAGCAACUCCUCCAGGUUUGUCUUGAACAGAACUGAAGAUGGGUACAUGCUUGUCGGCCCCAAACCGGAUUUUCAAAAGUUUGAGACGGAGCUGAUGUCAAAAUUCAGUGGGACAGCAAAGAGGGCAAGACCGGAACUCAUUGAAAUUUGUUGCGAAGAGCAGUUAAUGAAGAAAGACCUUGAGAUGUACCAUGUCCACUGGGAAUUCAUAAAGAAACUGUAUAGUAAACAGCUGCAGCGCAUCCAGGAGAAGUUUGGCGUGAAGAUUGACGGACAUCCGGUCAGUGGCUCCAGGGAAGCUGUGAAGCUGGAGAUCAAGCAAGACAAGGGCAAGUUCAAUCUGCAAAGCCAUGCCUUUCAUGCGUUCCUGGAGCUCUAUCAGAAGGUGGCAACCAACUUGAUGUCAAGGUCAGUGGAAGACGCCAGUGAGGCACAGUACGGCAAGAAGCUCUUUAAAGAAAUCCGCCCCAAUCACCCGAAUGUUUGGGAAGAUGAUGAAAAUGGGAGCUUAAAGCUUGUUGGCUUUGUCAAUCACUUGGCCCUAGCUGUGGCGGAGAUGGAAACCAAUUAUGGUAAGAAGUUAUUCAAAGGGGAGGAGCUGGUGCUCAAAUUCCCCACCAGUUCUGUGGACCCCCCUGCUACCACCACACAGGGUGCCACAGGCGGACCAGACACUGAGAAAGAGAAUUGCCCCAUCUGCCUCAGUGACUUCACAGAGAAAACGCUGCUUAAGUGCAAACACUCUUUCUGCAAAGGCUGCCUGGAUCGGGCCAUGGCAACAAACCCCACAUGCCCCGUCUGCAAAACUGUGUUUGGAAAAGUAGAAGGGAACCAGCCCACAGGGCGAAUGACAUGGCAUAAAAACGGAAACAGUCUUCCUGGGUUCCACUGCGGGUCCAUUGAAAUAUCCUAUGACAUUCCAAGUGGAACUCAAACAGAGAAGCACCCUAACCCUGGUCGUCGCUUCCGUGGUACUGCCAGGCGAGCCUACCUACCAGACAAUGCGGAAGGACGCAAGGUGCUGAGACUGCUUGAAAAGGCUUUUGAUCAAAAAUUGAUUUUCACUGUUGGAACCUCUCGCACAAGUGGAGAGGAAGAUACUGUCACCUGGAACGACAUCCACCAUAAAACAAGCAUGUACGGCGGACCACAAGAGUUUGGAUACCCUGAUCCAAAUUACCUGAAGAGAGUGAAGGAGGAGCUGAAGGACAAAGGAAUAGAAUGAAGAACCAAGAACCUGCCAGCCAAGAACCACAGCACAAAUAUAUAUAUAUAUAUAUAUAUAUAUACACACACACACACACAUACAGUCAACUCUCAUUAAUACAACCAGCCAAAUGCAUACUGUUUUUUAUUGAAGUUACAGUAACACUGAAACGCGAUGCGUAAUUCAAUACUCAGGGUAUUCCAAUAUGAAUGAUUACUGGUGAAUAUGUAUGCUUUGCUGUGUUAAUUUGUGAUACAGUGCGUUACCAUCCCUUUCCUAUGCUAACUGCAUUUCCCAUGAUCCCCUCCUAGUUAUUACAAUGGUUACCAAUACCACACUAUAAUUACUGAACUAAAACACCUCAAAGGCAACUGUAUACCAUCUGCAUCUUCAUUAAGAGAAAUUGUAUGUGUUUGUGAUAUUAUCAGACUCAUAGUUUUGAUUAGGCUGGCAUUCAUUGAAUAUGACCUGUGGCCAAAUCACUUGAUAUUAGCAAGAUUAAUGUUUAAUUGUACAUUUGGACAUAAGUCUCAAGUAUAUGUAUACAUUUGCUCAAUUAUUUUUAGAAUAUUUCUUUUGAAUGUCUAAUACGAAUACAACGUUUUAAUGUAAUCUCAAAACUCAAAGCAAAUAUAGACCAAAAAUGUUCUUGGAUAACGUAUUUUGAGGUUUUUAGCCCUUCAAAAACUGAUAACCUUAAUUCCUAACCAGUUGCCUUAUACUAUUCAAAAUAAUGAUGAACGAAUUCUCGGAUUAGAAAGAGACUGGGUGAAUAUGUGAGCGUGAAGGAACUGAUAGAUGUGUUAAUGCAAUAUCUUACUAAUCAAUCAACAUAAUAUCAUUUACAUGGGACACAGCUGAUUAAGGCUUUAAGGGGUUUUAAGAAUAAGUGAAUAUGGGGAGAAAUCAAAGUGAGCAGUUGUGCUUUUGCAAUGAUUAUUGAGAGGGGUGCUGUUGCUGUUAUUGGCAAUAUUUAAGAAAGAUUUUGUUUCAUUGGCUCCUGAGUGGAAGUGUUGAUUUUUUUUACACCUAACUUGAAAUGCCCACUCAUAGUUCAGAAGCUGAAAAGCAAUGGGAGACUUCCUUUCCACUGUCAAUGCAACUGCAUCUUUUUCAACAGCCGGACCCGAGCACUGCUGCCCAGAGACUGGACUGGGAUUCCCACCUGAGCCGCAGUAUAGCCGCCUCUGUGCCCCCGACCUCGGCAGAUCAGUGUAUUCGUGGGGCACAGUUUGGAGCUUUCACAUUUUGUAAUAUACACGCUGUAAAGAUUUACCCAGCACACGCAAAUGUAAUUUACACAAAAAACACCUGCUGUACUGCACAUAAUUAGUAUUAAAACAAGUAAAGCAAUACCCCUGCCUUACCUGUGCUGCCAGGCCUCGCCUCGUCCGUAUUCGUUUUAGUUUGUCUCUCAGUUUCUCAGCUAGCACGUAAUAAAACAUUUUCGUGUCGUCUUCGCUAGUAUUAUUUCCCAAGACACCUGGAGAAUUACAAAUAUUAAUUUUACUAUAAAAUGUUUCAAAUUUUAAAAAUAAACGGAGUACUUGAAGGGAA